AUGGUUGUCAAAUUGAAGAGAGAACCUCUCCAAGCAUGCAUGACAUGCCCCAUUUGUCUUCACCUUCUCAAAGAUGCUACCACCAUCUCUCUCUGUCUUCACACUUUUUGCAGGAAGUGUAUAUAUGACAAGCUUUCGGAUGAAGAGGUCGAUUGUUGUCCGGUAUGCAACAUUGAUCUCGGCAUUCUUCCCGUCGAAAAGCUCAGGCCUGAUCACAAUCUGCAAGAUAUUAGGACCAAAAUAUUCCCGUUUAAACGAAAAAAGGUUGAAGCCGAAGAAGUUGUUCCUGCAAUACCCCUACCGGCAAAAAGGAAAGAAAGAUCUCUUUCGUCAUUGGUGGUUAGUGCUCCCAAAGUUUCAACACAUAUAGGCUUUACAGGAAAGAGAACAAAAACUGGUACGAGAAAGGCUUCUGCUUUACGCGGAUGCAGUUUUAUCGCCGAAGGUUCUGUAAAGAAAGAAGAAACACUUGACGAAGAUAAUCUGGGUUCUUUCAUAGCGGAGACUUCUAAGAAGCAUAGACCUAAUGAAGAUGCAAACAACAAUGUGGACCUUACCGAAGGAAAGGCUGAUCUCUGGACGCCGUUGAACUGUCUUGUUGAAGCGGCCAAUAGAACAAAGUCCUCGAGGUCAAAUUUACAAGGGAGUCCUCUUGCCAAACUAGAGUCCCCGGUUACUCCUCACGGUGGAUUAGUGAUAUCUGAAACUGCCAAAUCAGAGCCACCUACAUCAGUUCAGAGUGAAUUACACAUGCCUAAAACCAAGAACAAGAGUAAUGGACAUAAAACAAAGUUUGGAGAUGACAAGGAUGGAAAUGCCUUGCCUACGGGAUCGGUGAAGCGAAAAAGGCUACGUCCGGCUAAUCAGAAGAGAACAGCAGCAUCUGAGAUGUCUGCCUCAGCACAACUCGUGUUAGAUACAACAGGGAGCAGGUGCAACAGGAAAAACAGUCCUAUUUGGUUUACAUUAGUUGCUUCAGAAGACCAGAAUGGAGAAAUUUCCUUGCCACAGAUCUCGGCUUGCUAUUUAAGAAUAAAGGAUGGUACUGUGCCCGUCUCGUUUAUUCAAAAGUACCUCAUGAAGAAACUUAAUCUUGCAAGCGAAGCCGAGGUGGAAAUAAUAUGUCGGGGUCAGCCCGUGCUCCCAUCUUUGCAAAUGCAUAACUUAGUAGAUCUGUGGUUCUGCACAGCAUCAACAUCGAAAAAGCUACCGGCAUCAGUAGGAUCUUCGGCUAAGGACUUUGUGAUGGCUUUAUCUUAUUGUCGAAAGACCUUACCUCUUUGA